UAUUUCCCACAGCCAAAACUCAAUUUCCUGAUCAACCACAAUCCCCGUGAGUCGCGUUCAGAUGCGCAUUCACACUGAGCUGCCAGUUUCCUCCGGAGGACGAGCAGCUCCACGGUUGAAUUACAUGCGCAGUUCUGCCGUGAAUCACACAUCACCACGGCAACCGGCGUUCACACAGAGUCCCCGUCAGCAUCAGUGGGGUCCGAUCCCAUCAACAGACGACAGAGCACAGAACACCACAUAUUCAGGAUUUGAGCCACAAGCAGCGCUGUCACAUUUGGUUAAAAGAACACAGUUUGAGUCAGUCUGACCUAAGCUGUCUGUCCCUGCUCUCCAGAUCUAGCCAAGCUUUUUUUCGACAACAGAGCAGCUAUGGUGAAGCUAGGCAGCAAUCUGUCUGAUAAGCUGGAAAAGCAGCCGUCUGCGGAUGACGGCUUUGAUAACAUUCCCCUCAUCACACCCCUGGAGGUCAACCAGCUCCAGCAGCCGUUUGCAGACAAGGUCAUUGUAAAGACAUUAACACAAUAUCAGCUGCCGCAGAAGAAGAAGAACAAGCUGUAUGUGCCCAACAUCAAGAAGCUGAAUAUCAACUUCUACAGUGAUGUUUCAGAGAAAGCUAAGAUCACAGGUCUGAUCCUCAUUACAUUGGCCUUCCUGACCAGUCUGCUCCUCCUGUUGAUGUACAAAGCCAUGUGGUAUGACCAACUUACCUGCCCAGAGGGUUUUAUCCUUAAGCAGAAGCACUGCACCCCGGCAGCUCUGGAGAUGUACUACACUGAGCAGCAGCAGCAGGGGGUUCCGGGCAUCCACGACGGUGCCAACACCGGGCUGUACGCCGCCCUCAGCCACCUUAACCAUGUCAAGAGGACUGGGUCGGAGCUGCCAUCGCCAUGGUUACCAGUCAUCAGUGCUCUGAAGGAGGCAGAGGUGGCCAAACAAGGCAACGAGCCUCUGCCAGGAGGACUGGAGGGAGAGGAGUGAAGGGGCUGACAGAAACGUAGGUGUUAAAGGUGGAAAUGAUGAUGGGGAGGCAGCAUAGAUUUUUGUGUCUUUCUCCCCUCGUACAGUCCAUCGAAUCACUUGUUUAUACUGGUGCUCCAAAUCCUUAAAGGUGUAACUACUGAACAUUUAAAUCAGCUAUGUAAACCACACUUUUAUUCAACUUUAAAACCAGUAAUAUUCUAUUAAUAUUUAAGAAGCUAAUACUUAACUGUGUGUGUAUUUGUGUGUGUGUGUGUGUGUGUGUGUGUGUGUGUGUGUGUGGUGUGUGAGAGAGAGAGAGAGGGAGAGAGAGAGAGAGAGUUGUUGUGGUUAGAGGCAGGAAUGUUAUUAAAGUCUUGGAGAAUGUGUCUGACUUUUACAGUGUUGCUGAGGCAGGAGUAAUCUCCGCCAUCUGCAUUUAGUGUGUGUGUAAAUACUGUACACUGUGGGUGCUCACAUAGGCCUACAUUUGAACGCAUAUGUAUGCAUAUCUGCGUUUUUGUGUGUGUGUGUGUGUGUGUGUGUGUGUGUGUGUGUAUGCAUACACUAUAUGAUCUGCAUACUUGUCUGAGAAAGUUGGAGGUGAGAGAAGCGAGGUGAGAGAGCUCAGAGUGAGAAGUGAAGAUAACAAGUUUUUAAUGAGACUACUGUGAGUUUCUCCUCAUCACUCCGUCUUGUUAUCGCCCUGUCUAUUCAUUUAGUUUCAGAGGUGGAAUGUACAAAAUCAUCAGUGAAUGUGCUCACUCUUUAAACAUUAAGACAAGGAACUAUAAUUCGCCAUUUAUAUUUUUUGUCAUUUCCUCAUCGUAUUAUCUGGAGACUGUUAGUUGCAGUUCUGUGUGCGUCUACAGUUAGAAUCAGAGGAAAGUGUGUUUAAAGAGGCUCACACAGUGGCUUUGGAAAGUAUCAAACUAUUAAAAAUCUAAAGCUACAACCUCUUUGUUCUUAUGGAUAAUUGUGUGUAGAAUUCAUUGCCAAAAAGUCAAUUUAGUCUGUUUUAAAUUAAAUCUUUAAAUUGCUCAUAUUGUGCUUUUUGGCUUUUUCCCUUUCCUCUAUUGUGUUAUAUAUCUUUUUUGUGCACAUUAUAGGUUUACAAAGUGAAAAAGCCCAAAGUCCCCCCCAAAGGCACAUACCAACUCCAACAGAAAACACUGUUCACAAACUGCUCCAAAAUAGUCCAGCCUUUACUUCUAUGACAAAGGUGCAUCACGUUAUUAUAAUACUCGCCUAUCUGCUAGUGUGGCAUGCCCUCAUACUCUGAUUCUGACUGGCUAGUAGUCCUUACCUAGCUACUGUGCACGUGCAACUCCCAACAAAGAUGGAAUCAAAGUGGGAUGCCUCACUCGGUAGCUAAAACAGAGAGCUCAACACACAGAGUGAAAAGAGGAGCUGCAGCAAUGUGCAGGACAACAAAAUGUGAUGUUUUUUGAAAAUUAAACCAUGUAAACCUAUUCUGGUACAACCUGAAAAUGAGCAUAAUAUGAGGACUUGCAAUCAGUAAAUGGGCCUUGAAUCUUUCUGAAGCCACUCUUCAUUUGAAGACUCUUAUUAUGUUACAUAAUUAUGUGAGUUACUUGCAGUAAUUAUAAAAAAAACUUGAGAGCUUUGAAUGUAUUACUUAAAAACAAUCUAAAUUUUAAUAAUGCUGUAUGUUCAUGUAUGUAAGAUGAUCUUAAACUAACAAUGUAUUAGUUUUGUUACUCAGUUUUGUUUUUGAUUAAUAUUGCUGUAAGUAUUCUGUAAUGCCUCUGUAAAUGAACAUGUACAGUAUAACCACAGGGUUGACUCAUCAUGAUCCUUAUAUGAAUGUAUGAAGUAGGUGCUCUAAUCACGCAGUACAUUAGUAAUUAGUGCUUAUAAUGUACUACCUAAAAGUUUCUAUUGCCUACACAUGUUUCUAUUUAUUUUAUUAACAGACAAUUUACUUGUAUGUUGUUUUGGUGUCUUUUCCACGGUGAAGUUGCAUUUGAAAAUCUUGCUUUAAGAGCUCUUUCACAAUCCAGUGUUCAUCCAUUUUAAAGGGAAAAACUAUGUGAAAAAAAAUAUUGUUUUUCUUCAAUCAUCAUCAGAAAUAGAUCCAAAUUCUUUGACAAAUCCUGAAAUUGGUCCUAAUUGCUUGCUAUCACUUAUUUGACCUACAACUUGUCUUUGUCACUUUUUUAAAUGGUGCAUAUCUUAUUUUGAAACAAAACUCUUCAUGCAAGUAGGACGAAUGUGAGAUCACGGCCCAGCUUGUCCUUUUAGGGUGCCAAACAUUUACAUCAGACCCAUCUGCUCUGAUGUCACUGUCUGAACAGAAAUAAAUGACUCAAGUGUG